GCGCUGCUGGCCCGCGAGCGGCGAGCUGUGCGGCGCCUCGUCAAGAUCCUGCUGCUAGGCGCGGGCGAGAGCGGCAAGUCCACCUUUCUCAAGCAGAUGCGCAUAAUCCACGGCCGCGAGUUCGACCAGAAGGCGCUGCUCGAGUUCCGCGACACCAUCUUCGACAACAUCCUCAAGGGCUCAAGGGUGCUUGUUGAUGCACGAGACAAGCUUGGCAUUCCUUGGCAGCACUCUGAAAAUGAAAAGCACGGGAUGUUCCUGAUGGCCUUCGAGAACAAAGCAGGGCUUCCCGUGGAACCUGCCACCUUCCAGCUCUAUGUGCCAGCUCUGAGUGCACUCUGGGGGGACUCUGGGAUCCGGGAGGCUUUCAGCCGCAGGAGUGAGUUCCAGCUGGGUGAAUCAGUAAAGUACUUCCUGGAUAACUUGGACCGGAUUGGCCAGCUGAAUUACUUCCCGAGUAAGCAAGAUAUCCUGCUGGCCAGGAAGGCCACCAAGGGAAUUGUGGAACACGACUUCAUCAUUAAAAAAAUCCCUUUUAAGAUGGUGGAUGUGGGUGGCCAGCGAUCUCAACGCCAGAAGUGGUUCCAGUGCUUUGACGGGAUCACAUCAAUCCUGUUCAUGGUGUCCUCAAGUGAGUUUGACCAGGUUCUCAUGGAGGACAGGUGCACCAACCGGCUGGUAGAGUCAAUGAACAUCUUUGAGACCAUAGUCAACAACAAGCUGUUCUUCAAUGUCUCUAUCAUCCUGUUCCUCAAUAAGAUGGACCUCCUUGUGGAGAAGGUGAAGACAGUCAGCAUCAAGAAGCACUUCCCAGACUUCAAGGGCGACCCACACCGGCUGGAAGACGUCCAGCGCUACCUGGUCCAGUGUUUCGACAGAAAGAGACGCAACCGCAGUAAGCCCCUGUUCCACCACUUCACCACUGCCAUUGACACCGAGAACAUCCGCUUCGUGUUCCACGCUGUGAAGGACACGAUCCUGCAGGAGAACCUGAAGGACAUCAUGCUGCAGUGAAGGAGAAAGCCCCUCGUCUCGUGGCAUCCCUGAGCAGCCCCGAGGCUACCAGCCGGGUCUCACAGGUGUGUCUAUGUGGCCUUCUCAGAUCCACAUCACUGGACACCUGGCCCCACAAUGCUGGACAGCAGCCAGGUCAGCAAGCAUCAGGAAAAGGACAUAGGGACUCCAAUGUUAGCUACUGAAUCUGGGGGACUAGUGAAACUACUGAAAACCCAAGUGAUCGCUUUGGUGUUAAUCUGUAAUCCCUGAUAACACAGCUUCCUUCUUUCUGCAGAAACCCUAUUCCUUUCCUGACACAAUGUAAUCAAAGGUCAUUGUGCACACACACUUGCUUUCUAAUGACAGAAACACAGACCCAGCUGGCCUUGCAGAUGGCUUUCCUCUCUAACUUGCACAUCUCCACCAAGACAGACUAACUCAAAAGCUUUGCCUCGCAGUAUUUUGCAGAGAUGUAUGGUGAUGCUGCUAAGCUUGGAGCCCGAGCUGGCCCUGCAGUCCUGGCUCAGGGUCUGAGUGCCACCUCCUAAAGUGAACACACUGCCUUCACAACUGUGCCAAUGUCCUAGAGCCCCACUCCAGGUGUGUGAGGUGCACUGAGGAGCUGUGCCAGGGCACCCUGCUCCCCACUGUGAACAACGAGCUUGAGGGCUAUGGCCCUGCCUUAAUGCCCUGAACAGGCCUGGUCUCAUCAGCUUGCCCAGCGACAUGGCACAGAGUGGGGAUGGCCGCCCACCAUGGCUCUUGCUCUGUCCAGGUAAUGCAGUGGUGCUUUUUCACUCCUUACCCCUCCCCUACACCCAAUGACAAAGACAUAACCAAGUGGCCUUGCAGAUGGCUUUUUAGUCUGACUUACAAGUCAUCUUCUGACAGGAAAGUUGGCAGCAUGUAGCACCCACUUCUUUUGGAAAUAGUAGAGAGCAUCAUCUCCUGCCCCUGGGCUUGCAGAAGCUGCCAGGAACACUCACAGAGCUUUCGUGAGUGCCCCAGCUGCUCCAUAGCCUGUCACAGCUGACUCCUCAGGAAGCCCUGGAAACCCAGAGGUCCUUGUGCUCAGCACACCCCUCAGUCUCAUUCCUGGCAGGACUCUUACUUCUGUUGCUACAAUGUGGAAGCCUGGGCCCUACAGGAGGCUGGCGUCAACCUGUCAACUUACCUGCCAGGUAUCUCCCUGUGCUUAAAAAAUAAUACACUGCACUCCAAACUGGCCCCUCUAUUACUCAGCCAGAAGAGCUGUCUGGGAGUGGAAGGGAGGCUUAUCCUAUAAGAGAGAAAUUGGCAACAGAUGCUGCAGCUCACUAACCCAUUGAGGGCCCUAUCCCGAAGCCAUGCUGCUCCUGACCUUUGUGUCCCAUAUGUGUCUUGCUCUUGGCUCUUUUCAGCAUCCAGAUAAAUAGGAAUCUGUGGCUGACACUAGACCAAAGAGGGAGAGAAGCUUGCUUCUGAGUCAUCCUGUGAUCACAAUGCUUUCAUUAGGGGACAGCAGGAAACCUUUCAGUGUUCAGGGGUUUGUGUCAGUGUUUGCUGGGGUUUUGGCUCUUUUCUUGGGCUGAAGAGAAGUUGCUGUUUUUGUCCUGCUUCCUGUACACCUCUUCAAGGCUGAGGGAUGUCACCAGGGUUAAUGUCAUGUUUAAGGAAAUGAGUGGCCUUGGUAGGGCCUAUCAGGAUAGGCAUAUUUGGGCACAGUGAAGGAUGGCCUGUUGACAUGCAGAGAGCUGUCCUGGCCUAGUCUGUUUUCUGUAUCUCACAUGCUCUUAGGCUUGAGAUCCAGAGGAAAGCAUGAGCUAUUCCUCCCCCGUGUUGGGGCAUGCUCCCUGGCUCUGUUGGAGGCCACCAUGGCUGGUGUCCCAAGCAGCCUCUGCAGGAGAGCUUUCCCUCUCACAGCCUGACAUGUAGACAGUCACUUUCAAGCCUAGAGGCACAGGAGUAAUGAGAUAUGGUAACUUCUUUUUAACUAAACAGAGAGCAGGCAGGACAGCCAGAGGCCUGGGUCCCCAACCAGCUCAGCCUCUGGCCCCAGGCCCAGCUAGCUGAGCCUACACAGCCUCUUCUUCCUAACACAAGGGAUUACAGCAUCCAUCUGGAAAGACACCCUACUUGGAACUCUGUGAGGUGUCAGAAUUGGAGAAGAGGCCUGUUUGAUGGCUAAACUGAAAUCAUUUACAACUUUUCUACACAUAGAUUGUAGUCAUUUUUGUCUCCAAAACCUUAGGCCUUUUUGUAUUUUUUUAAUUUUAAUUUCACUGUUACCCUUGACUGUUGUCUUUUUUAUUGCGGAUGUUGAAGCGGGAGGUAUUCAUGCCUCAUCUAUUACUGCAGAAAUGUAACAAUAAACUUUCUCAAAAUAAGACUCUUCCUCAUAGUUAAACUGUUUAUACUAAAGAACACAGUGUAGAUCUUUACUGAUAGCUAUUUUUAACUCUUCUAUUUGUAAAGAAAUCAAAGAUUUUGUGUCAUAGCUCCAAUUUAUAGAGUUUUCUAGAAUUAUUCUUGUAUUUUUCCUACUUUGAUUAAAAAGUGAGUAGUUACUGUAACUCCAUGAUCAAAAAAAAAUAUAUUGAAAUAAGCUGUUAUGAGUGACAAACUUGGGGGUCCUGGGACACAUUUCUUCAUCUGAAGUUGCAGGACAAAGGCACCCCUUGGGAUGGUCAUUCAGAGCCAGCUGCUCACAGCUUUUACUUUGCACCUGCAUUAGCAGUGGCCAGGAAGGUCUGGCUUGACAAUUUGAGCACCUUCAGUCUCUGAUGUCAAUUAAAAUGAAGCCUUAGAUUUUCUUUGUUUAAUAUAAAAUAUUACUCAGUGUUCAAAACGAACACUUUCUCUUUUCAGUGAAAACUCCAAUCCUAAUUUCAUUUGAAGAAGUUUCAUUAUCUAUCGCAGCUUUCGUUUCCACAUACCAGUUUUAAAAGCCUGGUGUGAAGGAAAGCCUCAGAAAUACUGUUUGGAACAAAGACCAUUACCUCUGAAGUGUCUAAAAGCAGCAUGCAGCAUGUAGCACAGGCAUGAAUGCGUGUGUGUGUGUGUGUGUGUGUGUGUGUGUGUGUGUGUGAGAACCCCAAGGGAAGAUCCAGCAAGUGACUGGAGACCAGCAGGGCCCAGGGAAUGGGGCAGGCCCUGUGGUCACAAUUCCCAGAAAGUAGGUGAUGGCCCCAGCCAGAGAACAGGAGCCCAGAUGCCCUCCAGUCAUUCACACAGCUGCUACCCAGCACCUUCUCAUACUUUCCCAACAAGCAGGCUUCUAGGACAGAGACUGUAUGUCACUCGGUGCCUUGUCUGUUUGUGGCCAGCAGGGCUUGUGCUGCCCAGUGGGAAAGGCAGAAACCCCCAGGAAGCAUGCCCACAACUGUCCACAAGGCCAAGGGCCUGGCCCUUUGGGUAUCAGUGCCUCCAUCUGUGAAAGUUGGACAAAAAAAAAAAUGGUGGUUCUCAGAUCAGGAGACACACUUGGCUCCCCUGAGCAGCUUCUGUGCCUCUCAGGACCUCUCAGACCCAACCCUCAUCUGUUUGUCCUACAAGAUGAGUAUACAGCAGGGUGGAAGGCCACAAGAGUAGAUCGUCCUCAAAGUGUCCCCCAGAUGGGUGGAUUCCUACAUUUGGCAUGGUUUCCGUGGUCACUCACUGGCGAGGGAGCCCCUGGCUGUAAACAGCAGCAAGCUUAUGAGGAGAGAAGCCCCUGCCAACAGGGUGUUCCUAUGUCCAAGUGGGCAUCCCUACAGAUGCCUGGGUCCGGCUGCUCUGGGGAGCUUUGGGGGUAGGGCCUGUGUUCCUGUCACCCUGGCAUUGGCUUCGGGGCCUGGGCCAAUCUGAGAGACAAGGUUAGGGCUACAGCCAGCAGGCCACACAUUUGCAUAAAGAGUACUGGAGGACAGUCUGCGCAGCUGACGGGGGCUGACAUGGACUCCAGCUCCAGCCACCACAUGAGGCUUUGCAUUAGUCCCUGGGGAGAAUGGGUCAGAUUCAUAGGAAAAAAGCACACCACCUGCCUCACAGGCGCAAGGGUGAGUUUGAUCCCCAGUACUGGGUGGGAGCAGGGGGACCAUAGAAAAAAGUUGUUGGGUGUGGCUCAGAUGAGCUAGGAACUGAUACUGCUGUGUGAACUGUGUUUCAGGGCAGUUGACAUGCCAGCUGGUGCCCAUAUCCAGAGUGGAGGUCUAGGCUCUGGGAGGUAACCCCAGCUGGGGCAGUACCACUUCUGCCUCAGCAGCCCAGAUUUCUGGACUGUUCACAUGCUGUCCUGAGGGACAUCAGAGUGCUGGAGACCUGCUGUCUAUCCUUUCAGACCUCUCUAGAACCUGAAGCCUGGUGGUUCUCUGGAUGUUAGAGUAGGGGAUCUGAUCUCCAAACUACAGCACUGAUGUCUCUGUAGGUGACCACUGACUUCCAACCACAAGCAGGUCACCUCUCAGCCCCUCUUGCUCACUACCCUGAGGACCUCCCACCCAGAACAAGCAGACAGUUCUGCCCACCUUUAGGCUGCGACCACCCCACUCUGUGAGCGCCCAGGACGGCCAUACUUGGUAUCUCAGACAUUGCCCAGACCUUGCUGAACCAGUCCCUUACCAAGCUAAACUGUUCCCACGUAUGAAAUUCCUAUGCAAAAGAACCACUCCCAAAACCCAAAAAGAGGAGCAGAAGGCCACCAAAAUAGCCUGGCGUGAUGGGUGUCCACAGGAGUUGGUGUCCAUGCAUACAUAGCAAGGGAUAAGAAAUGGGGCACUCAGAAUAGACAGGUUUCCUGCCCAGAAAGCAGGGCCUUCCCCAGUGGACUGAGAUGAGGUUGGCCUGGCCUUGAGCUUCCUGUGUGACAGAACCUGCAGGCCUCACAUCUGUGGGACAGUCAUCAGGCCUGUUCCUCACUUCCCCAAAAUCAGAACCUAACCUCAGCUCCACCCUGCAGCCACCAUCCUCAGCUGAUCCGCAAGGUCACUGCAGUCUGGGAGAGCUCUGAGGCUUGUGCCAUGCGUGGAUGGCCUAUGGCAUCCAUCCUGCCCAGCUGGGGUUCCGUCCACCCCCACCCACAGCUUCAGAGUAACAUGGGAGGUCUGUCUCUGCCUCAGUGAGGUCGGUGUACACCAAAGGCAGCCUUGGAAAGUAAGAUAUCACGAACCGAACAAGACUUGGCAUCUGAGAGACCAGUAACAUCAGGUCAGGCUGCCCCGCUUUCCCCAGCCGUCAGGACAAUGUGCUUUUCCAGGUUUGCCUGCGGAUCAGUGGAUGGAAGCUCUCACCAGCUUUUGUGAGCUGGGCUGCAGUGCUAGUGUAUUGCCCACAGGGUCUGGAAAAGUGAAGGUAGCUCUGCAUUAACUCUGCCAAUCCCAGGAACCUCAAAGAAUUACCUUUGACCUCUUAUGCAAAUUGAUUUAAAACAGUCUCAGUGUCCAUUAACUCCUCUAGAACCAACGAAAACCCAUCACCAUGGCCCUGUCUAUCCCCACUGUUAAUGUGCCUGGCCCCACUCAGCACCACCAGUCCUGCACCACCUUGUGCCUAACCUGUCACCCAGGGAGCCCAGUAUAUAUGCUGAAUGGAGCUGAGGCCCUGCAGAAGGGAGGAGGUGGAGAUGGCUUUGAUCCUGAAGCUUCCCUGACCUGGCAGAGGUCUUAAAUAUCAAGAGGCAUGAUGCUCUGCCACAAGGACCCUGGGGAGUGGCCACCAAAACUGCCCAGGCAGGACCACUGCACUGUAACCAGCAUCUGCUUACAUGUACUGGGUCUAGGCUAAGAUAUAUGUGACAAAGUGUAAAAAGUGUGUCUUGCCACGGUGGUUGGUUGAACAUGUUUUGUAUAUACGAUUUUUACAAAUU